UUCCGGCCGAAUUGCGAGCGAGCGUUCCUCUCCGUCCGCUUCCGCCGUUUGCCCGUCGAUCAGUUGUUGGCUGCCGGCCGGGUACUACCGCCUGCACGAGCAGCGGCUAGCCACAGCCCACAGACAGACGACGUCAGGUCUUGGCAGGUGUGCAAGCAGACAGAGCUCGCUCGGUCGCCAUGUCUUUCACCGGCACGCAGGACAAGUGCAAAGCCUGCGACAAGACGGUCCACUUCAUCGACCUGCUCACCGCCGACGGCGUCUCGUACCACAAGACCUGCUUCAAAUGCAGCCACUGCAAGGGCGUCCUCUCGAUUAGCAGCUACUCUUCCAUGGACGGCGUUCUGUACUGCAAGACGCACUUUGAACAGCUCUUCAAGGAGACGGGGAACUUCUCCAAGAAAUUCCAAGGUGGAGGUGGAGCAUCUUCAAACAAGAACGACCCGGCAAAGGCUCCGAGCAAGCUGUCAUCUGCAUUCUCUGGAACUCAAGACAAAUGCGCAGCCUGCCAGAAGACCGUGUAUCCAUUGGAGAAGAUGACGCUGGAAGGCGAGUCGUACCACAAGGGCUGCUUCAAGUGCUCGCACGGCGGCUGCAUCCUGACCACCUCCUCCUACGCCGCGCUCAACGGGAUCCUCUACUGCAAGAUCCAUUUCUCGCAGCUGUUCAAGGAGAAGGGCAGCUACAACCACCUCAUCGAGACGGCGCAGACCAAGAAGAACGAGGCCGCGGAGGCCGCAGAGGAGCCAUCGGUGGACGCAUGCGCCGCGGCUGAGGCGGAAGCGUCCGCGGAAUCGGCGUAGAACGAAGAGUAGCCGUGUGUGUAUCUCCUAAUUAUACGAACUCUGCAUUCAGUAAGUAGUUUUCACAAAUCUAUAUAUGUUGUUGUUAUGCUGCAGCUUGGUUUUGGUCAGUCUGGGAUUGUAACACGUGUAUGUUGAAUUGCUUGAAUUGCUUAUUCUGUACACUACAAG